AUGCCUGCUGUCAAGCGCAAACGCUCCGUAGACCAUAGCUCUAGUUCUAGCCACAAGUGUGGGCACUGUGGCAAGACUGGGCAUCAUCGGACGAGUUGCCCGACUCUGGCCGCUGCAUUGCUCAGGGCAGCAGUGCAGUACACGAACCCUCGAAAGCUCGAGGAUCACCUCGCUCAAGAGAAGCCUCUGCGCUUGAACGUAGACAAGAAGCAGCAGAAGUCUCUCAAGAGAUCCUCGGGACGUCGUUUCAGUGCACAGUGGCCCCGGAAAGACGACUCCAGGUCCAAGGUGUCCUCGAAGUUGCGUAAAGUUCAAGCUCGGCUCCGGGAGCUGCGCCGCAAACCCAGGGACGUCAGAGCGGCGCUUCAAGCCUUGAGGAAAGCCAAGUGGUUGUGGAAGCCUGGUCGCUGCAGCUGUGGCGAGCACUUGCAGCAAGUUCCGUUCAAAGCUAGUCUCAAGCGUGGCAACGGGCGGGCCUACUUGAGAUGCCCACAAUGCCAUAAGUGGUUCGACUCCUUGGCCUUCAGCUUCUUGCCUGUGCUGCGAAUGCCCUUGCCAACCGUGUACAAGGCCAUGCAGAUCUACUUCCAGCAGGGGCGCGUGCUCAGUGUGGACGAGAUCGGAAGGCUCCUCGGAUGCAGUGGCUCCCCCGCUUCCGCCUUGAAGAAGCUAGUGAAAGCUCUUCGGGCUGCGGAGUGCCGUUGCAUGGAUCACAAGCAGCAGCUUCGGCAGGUCACAGGUGAUGUGGAGGCAGAUGGUACUUCCAUACGCCACUGGCGAAGCUUGCAGCGACCAUCGCGCAAUGUCUACUUGCAGUACUUCGCGCUCUACCAGCGGCCGACACGCGCAUGCAGCGACCGGGUCGUGAACCUCUAUCAGCUUCCUUUGGUGGAAUCCCGUUGCGGAGGCAAGCCGCCACCCGAAUCCUUUGAUCGAUGCCAUCCGUGUGUCCAAGCAGGGCUCGGCACCAAAGACAAGAGAGGCAGGAAGACACUCCUCAUCAGUGACGGCGCCAAGUGUUACCCAAGGCUGGCCAAAUCUCGGGGUGUUCUGUUGAGGCAGUGCAACCACUCCGGGGGAGUUUUUUGCGUGAAGAAGCAGGUGCCCGGACGAAGCUUGAUCCCCAUUCACACGGGGUCCGUAGAUUCCUUCUGGAACAUUUUGAAGAAAGGCAUUCCAAGCACCUUGCGCACUCACUCCAAAGGAGUGCCGAAUCCCCUUCUCUGGAAGUACGCGCGCAGUGUACAGUGGCGAUGGGAGUGCGACGCCGAUUUGUUUUGGGCCACAGGGCAGUACUUGUCCAGGUUGUCCAGCCUCUGA